GCAGCUCGCAAUCGAAAUUCAGCAUGCUCCCGUAGCAUUCUUCUCGAGCAAUUCAGCUGAAAGUCGUAGCGUCAAAUCGGAGAGGAGAUGGAUUCCGGCGACGACGGAGAUUUUGACGAGAACCAGCUGCAGGCAUGCUUCGUUCUACAUAGGAAUAGAGAGAAAAGCACCGGAAAAGUCUGUCCCAGGAGAAAGUCAGCCAAGAAAGGAAAGAACAGUGAAUCUGAAAAGAGCGGCGAUGUUGCUGGCUUGUAUCCAAUUGUGGAAGACCCCGCGUCGUAUGGAGCACUGCGACUCCAAGCGUUCAAGGCCGUGUGGGGAAGAAUCCAGAAAUUGAUUGAGGAUAUCGUGGAAGGAGAAAAUCAUGAAAUUUUCAGCGCGAUCCAGCAGUGGAUCUGCAAUAGGCAAUUCAGUGAUGCUCAGAUGACCGUGUACCAUACUGCUCGAUUGCUGUCUAAUGGCGUGGAUGGUACCGGUUUGGAAUCCAGCUGGGCUAAACCGUCUGCUUCUUGCGGCAAGCAGUUAAACACAGCUUUAGUAUUUCUAGGAGGAGUAAAUCCAUCGGAUCAUCGAAGGACAUUUGAUGGUCUCACUGGACAUCUAAACGUGAACAAAUGCCAUGUUGCCCGCCUGACCUCCAUCGAUUUUUUAUCCAAAGCGGGCUUGGGUGGUCCCCUUCGCAGCUUGUUCAGGCAACUAAUCCAUAUCAUUCCUGAGACAACAGACAUGGAAAUCUUGGCUGCUUGGCAUCGGGAAGUAGAAAAUCAAGGGUUGCCCAUAGCGAUUGUCGUGGAGGAUUGCGAGUCUUGCGAUCCCAAGGUUUUGGCUGAGUUCUUCGUUUUGUUGAGCGAGUGGAUUAGAGACCUACCUAUCGUCCUUAUCUUGGGAAUGGCAACCUCAGAUGAUGCAAUAAGGAAACUUCUUCCAGCAAGUGCACUUGCCCGGCUACACCUUUGGCGAUUUUCACUGAAGGCUCCUCAGAAACUUUUGGAAACCAUCACAAGAGCUGUUCUCAUUGAAUCCUUCUGUGCCUUCGAUUUGUCUCCUGAAGUGAUCCUUUUCCUCUAUGGUUAUUUCGAGAGCCAUGAUCUUACGGUCACUUCCAUCAUCAGAUCAUUGAAGAUUACCUGCGCAGAACACUUCUGGAGAGAGCCAUUGAGUUUUUUAUGUGGUGAACUUCUCGUCUUAAACAGCAAGGCUGACUUGGAAGAAAAAUGUUCUGCUCUUCCUGACAUGUUUCUUCAUCACGCGACUCAAUUUUCUUCUGUUAAAGGAAAAUUACUUUUACAAGAAGAUGAGCCCGUCAGCAAGCAUAUGGCUGCUUCUUUGUGGGACACGAGAUCUCAUAAGAAGAUGUGGAAAAUGGUGUUUCAGUGCAUUUCGACACUUGCCAAGUACGGAGGGAUCUCAUUUGGAGAUUUGUUUUGCGGCGUACUCCAGUGGCUGGCCGACAGCUCACCUUUGUCGAAUUCAGAUCAGACGCUUGGACCUCUGGAGAAACUCAUUAGCAAAUUUAGGGAUAUGUCAGGAACAUCCCUGAGAAGUACACUAGAAGAAUGGCGGAAGAUUACUCUUCACGAGAAAGAGCUCAAUGCAGAGGUUUCCCAAAUUCUUACAGAUUUCAUAUCUAGUUCUACAGUGAGUGAAGUAAAUCAGGCGUCCAACCAACCUGUCAAUCUUCGAAAAAGCCCCUCGAAUGAAGUGGAAGGGGUCCAAGUUGGCGUCAGUCAACAGAUCAAGCAUGGAGUCAUCAGCCGUUCAGCGCUUAGGAGAUUAGGGCAGCAACAAUGUCCUGGAGUCUCUCAAACUGGUUUAGUCAGCAGCAACAAAAAAGCAGAAGACCUCCUCCGACGUCUUGUGAGGGAGCACUUGAAGCCGGCGGACAGUAGGCCCUUCCAUGAAAUAUAUUGUUUCAGAGAUGUGAAUAGCUUGAAAGAGGCCUUAAUUGGGGAUACUCGGAGGAGGGUACACAUGGAUCUUCUAAACUCCCACAACGUGCUGAAAUGCGAGUGCUGUCCAACUGACGGCGAGCUUUCUUCUAGCUUACAUGAUACGACGUUGGCAUACAUUCUGUCACAGGAGUAUGGGGACCUGGUUCGAAUCCACAACUGGUAUCAGUCAUUUGCAGCUAUAUGUGAUCCCAAACUUCAGGGAUCCGUAAAAGUACAGGAGGAGAAUUCACCACCCGCACGAAGGGGGAGGCCUAGAAAAUCGUUUGACCUCGGAUCCGAGGAAGAAGGUUCUGCCAAAAAACGACGAGGGCGGCCCAGAAAAUCCAUGGAUGCUGCUAUGGAGGAAGAAUCCGAAGAGAAAAAACGCCCAAGGCUGUCGGAUGCUGUGGCAGAAGAAAACGCUCCAAUCCAGGCCAGGUUUACGAGGGCGGCGACGGAGCUUCAGAUUGUUGGUUUACUGCAGAUGCCGAAGAAGGGGAAUUCUGAUACUGUACGACGCCUUUGCAUAUAGCUCAUAUGCAGGGCAACUCGUCCAGACUAUCGGAAAGCAGGCAUUCUGCUGAUAUCGCUCGGAAGGAGGCCGAUUAAAUGCUGGAUCGGAUGGUAUGACGUCUGAAGAGGUCAUGGAGGUUUUGGACUCUUUCACCUCGACUUCAGAGCCGAAAGAUGUCGCCAUUAUGCAUCGGUUGUACAUCACUGGAAGAGCCGCUGCGAUGCAGCGAGGAGAAUCUUCGGUUGACGGCGAUUCUGCCAGUGAAAACAGGAGUCUCUGGAUAGUCGAGUUUGGAAGGAAGCGUUCGUCGUCAUAUUAUCGCGAAGUAAUUCCUGUUUGAUCCGGCAUAAAGUGCGAAACAGAGAAUACACGUCGACAAUGAGACCACCUUAACUGCCAUGUCUCAUCUCUUCGAGGUUGUGUAGAUUUGAAGAACGAGUAGUAUUCUUGUAAGAAACUUUGAGUAGAUUCAGCAACGUGAGGAGUACAAUGUAUAGUCCAUACUGACUGAUGUAAAAUUGUGGAUGAUUGAUCCAAAGCUCACUUCUUCCACGGGUGGUGAGGCUGUCAAGUAUAUUUUUAGUGUAUAAAUUCAAUCAGGUUUUCCCAUAUC